AGAAGUGCUGCGCGCUGUGAUGCGUCUUCCUCUCGCCUCGGCUGCCAGUUUGGAUUGUAGCGCCCGGCUCCGUGCACUGAGAGAAUGGCUCGGUUUGGGGAUGAUCUGCCAACCCGCUAUGGAGGUGGAGGGCCGGCCGGGGCUGGAAGAGGGAGCAGCCGGCAAGGUGGCCCCCAAGCCGGCCAAAGGAUGUAUAAGCAGUCGAUGGCUCAGAGGGCCAGGACUAUGGCUCUCUACAACCCCAUCCCUGUCAAACAGAACUGCUUCACAGUCAACAGAUCCCUCUUCAUCUUCAGUGAAGAUAAUGUUAUACGGAAAUACGCCAAGAGAAUAACAGAAUGGCCGCCAUUUGAAUACAUGAUUUUAGCUACAAUCAUAGCCAAUUGUAUUGUGCUGGCCCUGGAACAACAUUUGCCGGAUGGAGACAAGACACCUAUGUCAGAGAGAUUGGAUGACACUGAGCCGUACUUUAUUGGAAUAUUUUGUUUUGAAGCUGGUAUAAAAAUCAUCGCUCUAGGGUUUGUUUUUCAUAAAGGCUCUUACCUCCGCAACGGUUGGAACGUGAUGGAUUUUGUCGUGGUCCUCACAGGGAUUCUAGCAACUGCUGGGACUGAUUUUGACCUGCGGACCCUGCGGGCUGUCCGAGUGUUACGACCCCUGAAGCUUGUGUCAGGAAUCCCAAGCUUGCAGGUUGUCCUCAAGUCCAUCAUGAAGGCGAUGGUGCCCUUGCUUCAGAUCGGGCUGCUCCUUUUCUUCGCCAUCGUGAUGUUUGCCAUCAUCGGGCUGGAGUUUUACAUGGGGAAGUUUCAUAAAACCUGCUUCUCUAACGAGACGGGUGACGAGGUGGGAGAUUUUCCUUGUGGAGAGGAGCCUCCUGCCAGGCAGUGUGAGAGUGGGACCACCUGCAGGGAGUACUGGCAAGGGCCCAACUACGGCAUCACCAACUUUGACAAUAUCCUCUUUGCUGUGCUCACCGUCUUCCAGUGCAUCACCAUGGAGGGAUGGACCGACAUCCUCUACAAUACAAAUGAUGCUGCAGGAAAUACCUGGAACUGGCUUUAUUUCAUCCCUCUCAUCAUCAUUGGCUCUUUCUUCAUGCUCAACUUGGUGCUGGGUGUCUUAUCAGGAGAAUUUGCAAAAGAACGAGAGAGGGUAGAAAAUCGUCGAGCUUUCCUGAAACUCCGUAGGCAGCAGCAAAUUGAACGGGAACUAAAUGGAUACUUGGAGUGGAUCUUCAAAGCAGAGGAGGUCAUGCUGGCAGAGGAAGACAAAAAUGCAGAAGAGAAAUCUCCUCUGGACGGGAGGGCCGCCUCGGAAGGGCCGAUUCAACAAGGCACGGCACCGGCAGAGACUAGCAGCGGCAGCAGCUACAACAUGUUGAAACGAGCUGCAAUAAAGAAGAGCAAAAAUGACCUGAUUCAUGCUGAAGAAGGUGAGGACCAUUUCACAGACAUUUGCUCCGUUGGGUCUCCUUUUGCUCGUGCCAGUUUGAAGAGUGGGAAGAACGAGAGCUCAUCCUACUUCAGGAGGAAAGAGAAAAUGUUCCGGUUCUUCAUCCGGCGCAUGGUGAAAGCUCAGAGCUUCUACUGGAUUGUCCUCUGUGUGGUCGCCCUCAACACACUCUGCGUCGCGAUGGUGCACUAUGACCAGCCGGAGAAGCUCACCACUGCGCUGUACUUUGCAGAGUUUGUUUUUCUGGGUCUGUUCCUUACUGAGAUGUCUUUGAAGAUGUAUGGACUAGGGCCAAGAAAUUACUUCCACUCUUCAUUCAACUGCUUUGACUUUGGGGUCAUCGUGGGAAGUAUAUUUGAAGUUAUUUGGGCUGCAGUGAAACCAGGUACCUCAUUUGGCAUCAGCGUAUUGAGAGCACUUCGACUGCUGAGGAUUUUCAAAGUAACAAAGUACUGGAAUUCCCUGAGGAAUCUGGUGGUCUCCCUGCUGAACUCCAUGAAGUCCAUCAUCAGUUUGCUCUUCCUGCUGUUCCUGUUCAUUGUGGUGUUUGCUUUGCUGGGGAUGCAGCUCUUUGGAGGGCAAUUCAAUUUCCAAGAUGAAACACCAACCACAAAUUUCGAUACCUUCCCGGCCGCCAUACUCACAGUAUUCCAGAUCCUGACGGGGGAAGACUGGAACGCAGUGAUGUACCACGGGAUAGAGUCACAGGGUGGUGUCCGCUCGGGGAUGUUCUCCUCCAUUUACUUCAUCGUCCUGACGUUGUUCGGUAACUAUACGCUCCUGAAUGUCUUCUUGGCUAUUGCUGUUGACAAUCUGGCAAAUGCCCAAGAGCUGACCAAGGAUGAGGAGGAGAUGGAGGAAGCCACCAAUCAAAAGCUCGCCCUGCAAAAGGCCAAGGAAGUGGCAGAAGUCAGCCCCAUGUCUGCAGCUAACAUUUCCAUAGCCGCCAAGCAGCAGAACUCCUCCAAAUCCAAGUCUGUUUGGGAGCAGAGGACCAGCCAGAUCCGGAUGCACAAUUUCCGAGCCAGCUGCGAGGCACUGUACAACGAGCUGGAUCCGGAGGAGCGGGUGCGUUACGCUACCACCCUUCACAUCAGGCCAGACAUGAAGACUCAUUUGGAUCGGCCGCUGGUGGUAGAGCCAAGGGGCGAAGGGAGGAACAACAUUAGCAAGUUGAGCCCUGUGGACGUGCAGGAGGUGGAGCAGACCAAAGUCAGCUCUACUGAUGGGGCAGAAGCUCCACGAAAGCACCACCGGCAUCGGGAUAAGGACAAACUGGGAGAGCAAGAAAAGGGUGAUGUGACUAAGGAUGAGAAUGGGGAAUCUGGUGCCAACAAUAAGGAGGAGCGGCAUCGGCAGCACAGGAGCCGCAGCAAGGAGGUGGAAGGGGGGAGUAAGGAAGGGAAAAGUGAUCGCAACAGGAGUCAAGAAGGGGGAAAGAGGCAUCAUCGCCGAGGGUCAGUGGAAGAAGGUGCUGAGAAGGAGCACCGUAGGCAUCGGACUCACCGGCACUCUGCUGAACGGCAAGGCAAGGAAGGCAACGGGACAAUCAACGGGGCCAGGAGCGAGCGACGUUCCCGACACCGGGGAGGGUCAAGGUCUGGGAACCGGGAAGGAGAGCCUGGGUCUAAGGGUGAGAAUGGAGAAGAGCCUCACAGACGGCACAGGUUCAGGAACAGGGCACUGUCAACGUACGAUUCGGUGGAGAAGGAGAACGGGGAGAAGGAGGGGGAGGCUGGCGAGAAGGAGCACCGGAAUCAUCAGCCCAAGGAAAAUCAGUGUGAGAUUGAGGCUAGUGGAAGUGUGAGUGUCCCUGUGCACACCCUUCCCAGCACCUAUCUGCAGAAAGUGCCGGAGCAGCCAGAAGAUGCUGACAACCAGAAGAACGUGACACGGAUGAUUCAGCCACCUCUGGACAAAACCACCACUGUGAACAUCCCUGUCACUAUCACUGCCCCACCAGGGGAAACCACUGUCAUACCAAUGAACAACGUUGAAUUUGAAAGUAAAGCAGAGGAGAAGAAAGACGUUGAUGACUUGACAAAAAAUGGGCCUAAACCAAUCUUGCCUUACAGUUCCAUGUUUAUCCUGAGUCCUACAAAUCCGAUUCGGCGUCUGUUCCACUACAUUGUCAACCUGCGCUAUUUUGAGAUGGUCAUCCUCAUAGUUAUAGCCCUCAGCAGCAUUGCCCUGGCUGCAGAAGAUCCUGUCCAAGCCGAGUCACCGAGGAACGAUGCUCUGAAAUACUUGGAUUAUAUAUUUACGGGUGUCUUUACCUUUGAGAUGGUGAUCAAGAUGAUUGACUUGGGGCUGUUACUCCACCCUGGCUCCUACUUCCGUGACCUGUGGAAUAUCCUGGACUUCAUUGUGGUCAGUGGGGCCUUGGUGGCGUUUGCCUUCUCAGGAACCAAAGGCAAGGACAUCAACACAAUCAAGUCCCUGCGAGUUCUGCGGGUCCUAAGACCACUGAAGACCAUUAAACGGCUGCCAAAACUAAAGGCUGUCUUUGACUGCGUGGUGAAUUCCCUGAAGAAUGUCCUCAAUAUCCUCAUAGUUUACAUGCUCUUCAUGUUCAUUUUUGCCGUCAUUGCUGUGCAGCUCUUCAAAGGCAGAUUCUUCUACUGCACGGAUGAGUCGAAGGAGCUGGAGAAGGACUGCAGGGGUCAGUACCUCGAUUAUGAAAAAAAUGAAGUGGAGGCGCAGCCGAGGGAAUGGAAAAAAUACGAGUUCCACUAUGACAACGUGCUCUGGGCUCUGCUCACGCUCUUCACUGUCUCCACAGGCGAAGGGUGGCCAACUGUGCUGAAGCACUCAGUGGAUGCUACCUACGAGGAACAGGGUCCCAGCCCUGGCUACCGAAUGGAAAUGUCUAUCUUUUACGUGGUGUAUUUUGUUGUCUUCCCUUUUUUCUUUGUGAACAUCUUUGUGGCGUUAAUCAUCAUCACCUUCCAAGAGCAAGGAGAUAAAGUGAUGUCAGAAUGCAGCCUUGAGAAAAACGAGAGGGCCUGCAUAGACUUCGCCAUAAGUGCCAAGCCACUGACCCGCUACAUGCCUCAGAACAAGCAAUCUUUUCAGUACAAGAUGUGGAAAUUUGUGGUGUCCCCUCCCUUUGAGUAUUUUAUCAUGGUCAUGAUUGCACUCAAUACCAUUGUCCUAAUGAUGAAGUUCUAUGAUGCUCCAGAAGCAUAUGAAGAAAUGUUGAAAUGCCUGAAUAUUGUGUUUACAUCCAUGUUUUCAAUGGAAUGUGUGCUGAAGAUCAUUGCCUUUGGUGUGCUGAAUUAUUUCCGAGAUGCCUGGAAUGUCUUUGAUUUUGUAACAGUGUUGGGAAGUAUUACUGAUAUUUUAGUAACAGAGAUUGCGGACACGGACAACUUCAUCAACCUCAGCUUCCUGCGGCUCUUCAGGGCAGCCAGACUUAUCAAGCUCCUUCGCCAGGGUUACACUAUCCGCAUCUUGCUCUGGACAUUUGUGCAGUCUUUUAAGGCCUUGCCUUAUGUGUGCCUCCUCAUUGCAAUGCUCUUCUUCAUCUAUGCCAUUAUUGGCAUGCAGGUAUUCGGAAACAUUGCGCUAGAUGAUGAAACCUCCAUUAAUCGACACAAUAACUUCCGUACCUUCCUCCAAGCCCUGAUGCUUCUGUUCAGGAGUGCCACAGGGGAAGCCUGGCACGAGAUCAUGCUGUCGUGCCUGAGUAACAGAGCCUGCGACCCGCUCUCCGGCCUCACCAAAAAUGAAUGUGGCAGCGAUUUUGCCUACUUCUACUUCGUGUCAUUCAUCUUCCUGUGCUCCUUCCUGAUGUUAAACCUGUUUGUGGCUGUGAUUAUGGACAAUUUUGAAUACCUGACAAGAGACUCCUCCAUCCUUGGGCCCCAUCAUUUGGAUGAGUUUGUUCGUGUCUGGGCUGAAUAUGACCCAGCUGCCUGUUGCCGGAUUCAUUAUAAGGAUAUGUACAAUUUGUUACGUGUAAUUGCUCCACCCCUGGGCUUAGGAAAGAAGUGCCCUCAUAGGGUGGCAUACAAGCGCCUGGUGCGGAUGAACAUGCCGAUCUCGCCUGAAGAUUUAACCGUCCACUUCACAUCCACGCUGAUGGCCUUGAUCCGCACUGCCCUAGAAAUCAAACUGGCCUCAGGGGGUGUUAAACAGCACCAGUGUGAUGCCGAGUUGAGAAAGGAGAUCUCACUGGUUUGGCCCAAUCUGUCCCAGAAGACUCUGGAUUUGCUGGUGCCUCCUCACAAACCUGACGAGAUGACUGUGGGGAAGGUCUAUGCAGCGCUGAUGAUAUUUGACUUCUACAAGCAGAAUAAGAACAGCAGGGAACAAGUCCACCAGCCGCCUGGAGGCCUGUGCCAGCCUGGACCAGUAUCGCUCUUCCACCCCCUGAAGGCUACUUUGGAGCAAACCCAGCCCUCAGCAUUCAACAACGCAAAGGCGUUCCUUCGCCAGAAAAGCUCAGCUUCACUCAACAAUGGGGGUGCAUUGCCAGCCCCAGAGGGUGGGAUCAAAGAGUCCAGUUCUUGGGGAACCCAACGCACCCAGGACAUGUUUUAUGAAACCAGGACACCAGCUUUUGAACGAGGCCACUCAGAAGAAAUCCCUAUUGAACGGGUGGUAGAAAUGAGGGAAAUCAGCCCUACACUUGCCAACGGAGAGCACCAACCAGGCCUGGAGAGCCAGGGGCGGGCAGCUUCCAUGCCGCGCCUGGCCGCCGAAACUCAGAGGAGCAAAGCACGGUCACCUGGGAGUUACCUAGCACCCAUUCCGGACACGAGCCCCAUGAAGCGCUCCGUCUCCACGCUGACCCCGCAGCGCCCUCACGCCAUGCACCUCUACGAGUACUCCUUGGAGCGCAUGCCGCCGGAGCAAGGGCAUCACCACCAUCACCACCGCUGCCACCGGCGGAAAGAGAAGAAGCAGAAGUCCUUGGACAGGUCCCCCCAUCAGCUGGCCGAUGGAGAAGCUGUGGCCCAGUCUGGCGAGUCUUCUUCCAAGGACAAGAAGCAGGAACGCGGCCGGUCCCAAGAGAGGAAGCAGCACUCUUCCUCCUCCUCCGAAAAGCAACGCUUCUACUCCUGCGACCGCUACGGCAGCCGGGACCGUUCUCAGCCCAAGUCUGCCGAUCAGAGCAGGCCCACCUCACCCAACGGAGGGCCAGAGCAAGGUCCACACAGACAGGGUAGUGGUUCAGUUAAUGGGAGCCCCUUGCUGUCGACAUCUGGUGCUAGUACCCCAUGCCGGGGUCGGAGGCAGCUCCCACAGACUCCACUGACCCCACGUCCCAGCAUCACUUACAAGACCGCUAACUCCUCGCCCGUGCACUUCACCAGUUUCCAAACCGGACUGCCCACUUUCUCCCCGGGACGCCUGAGCCGCGGCUUGUCUGAGCACAACGCGCUGCUGCGCGGGGACCAGCAGCCGCCCCCCCCGGCGGUGGCCCGCAUCGGCUCCGACCCCUACCUGGGCCACCGUGAUGACACCGACAGCCCCUACCGCGCGGUGCCGGAGGACACGCUCACCUUCGAGGAGGCGGUGGCCACCAACUCGGGACGGUCCUCAAGGACUUCUUACGUCUCCUCCUUGACCUCCCAGUCUCACCAAAUCCGCAGGGUGCCCAACGGCUACCACUACACGCUGGGUCUCAACACGGGCCCCGGGACUGGCACCAGAGGACGUAGUUACUACCACGAAGCCGAUGAGGAUGACUGGUGCUAGCGGCAUGGCAAAACCCUUCAAGGUGUGCGUGUUUAAAAUCGAUGAGUUUUAUCAUCUGGAAGGCUGCGCGCUCCAAUGCGCGCGGUGCCUGGGGCCAGAGGGGGCCCGCGGGGCAGCCUCCGCCGUGAGAACUGCUCUGCUCCCAGGUCCGGAGACACUCCUGCAGCCUCUCUCCUCUCUUUUUCUUUAUUUUUUUUCUUUUUCUUUUCUUUUUUUUUUUUCACUAGACAAAUCGAGGAAGAAGGCUCCCCCCUUAGGGGGAAGGCAGCGGGGGGAGCACAUCUCUCUCUCCCCUCUCCCACCUCCCUACUGCCUUGUCUAGUUCAAAGACAUGCUCCAGAUGCCAAAUCCGUGACACCCGCGAGAAGCCGAGAGAAGAGAGGUCCUCACCUUUGACGGCGGAAAAAGCGGACUGUCGAUCCUUUACAAGAUUGGCGCAGUUU